AUGGAGGAAGGGAUUUCUAGUGAAGAUGAGGAAGGGGUGGACUCUUAUGUGGCUUUAGAAAAAGGAGGGGAUGAAUGCUGUGUCGUUGAGGAUGUUGAAACUCCAAUGGUAUUGGAUGAUGCAAAGGAGGAUAAUGUGAAUUUUGAAUAUUGUCGGAGUUUAGCAGGUGGAGUUGUAGAGCCCAUGUUGGGGAUGGAGUUUACUACAGAAGAUGAUGCGAGGAACUUUUACAAUGUGUAUGCUAAGCAAACAGGUUUUAGUAUUUGUGUGAAUUCAUAUUAUCGUUCGAAGAAAGAUAAUUCUAUUAUAUCUCGAGAGUUUUGUUGCUCUAAAGAAGGGUUUCGUCGAGAGAGGAGUGCAAAAAAGGUAGUUUUGGGUGAUGACACAAAAAGGAGGUGUGUUAGACCGAUCACAAGGGAAGGUUGCAAAGCAUUGAUGACGGUGAGAAAACGAGAUAAUGGGAAAUGGUAUGUGGCAAAACUAGAGAAGAACCACAAUCACGAGCUCGUGACUCCAGCAGUUUCUUAG